AUGAAAGCUAUAACCGUAAUAUUUACUCUCGUCGCGCUCCGAUUAGCAUUGUUCGCGAGCCCAAUACCACGAUAUAUCCAAGAUGACUACCAACUUGCAUCACCCGUAACCUCUUUUAUUCGGUUAAAAGAGGGCAUUUUUCUUUCAGAAAAAGGAAUAGAUCCAUACACAGGUGGUGUAUUCUUACAUUCACCUCUGUUCCUCGCUCUCUUCUCGACAAUAUUUCCACUCUCAAGUUUUGGCUCUGCAAUCCUAUGGUCCAUACUCGACGGAAUCACGGCUUGGUGUCUUGUGUGUUUAUGGAGGGCACGAUCUUCCAUACGAGACGAUAGGAAAGAAGUCCUAAUCUCCGUAAUACACAUGCUCAACCCGUACAACCUUCUUCCUACUCUUGCUCGUUCGACUUCAACGAUUGAAACAUCUCUUACCGUGCUUGCUCUUCUUUUUGCGUGCCAGAAACGUACGGGACCGGCCCUUGUAGCACUCGCCGCCAUAGUCCAUAUAUCGCUUCCGUCUGUGUUGAUCGUAGUGCCCACUAUCAUGGUUCUGGCGGAUCCACAUGCGCCGGCGUCGACGCUUGCGAAUCCAACACCAGGGGGCAAAGGGGAAAAGGAAGACACCAAGCACACCUCGAAACAACCUAGCUUGUGGAAGGUAGUAUUUAUGAGCGCGGAGUGGGUACUGUAUAUGGGUGUUUUGGCGUUUUCGGGGCGUGUAGCUACAGGAUCAUGGAACUGGGUAUGGAGGUCUUGGGGUGCAGUAGUUACAAUGUCCGAUGCGACACCAAACUGUGGACUGUGGUGGUACUUUUUCACUGAAAUGUUUGAUCACUAUCGGCCAUUCUUUUUAUUUACUUUCUCGGCCCAUCCGUUGAUUUAUAUUGCCCCGAUCUGUAUGAAAUUCAGGCGCGACCCUUUUUACGCCGCAUAUCUAUUGUUGGGAAUUAGUGCGACGUUGAAGUCGUAUCCGACCCUUGCGGAUCCUGGAUUGUUUAUCUCUUUGAUAUCUCUUUUCCCGGAGACCUUUGCUUACAUGAGGCAUCCAUUGCCGACAUUCUUAUUACACCUACACUCUGCGCUCCUCAUGCCACUCGCCAGUCAUCUCUGGCUAUCUCAAGGGACAGGUAAUGCCAACUUCUUAUAUGCAGCAACACUCGUGUUUGGAUUGGCAAACCUGGCAAUGGUUGUGGACGCUGUCUGGGCGGGACUGCGUGCUGCGUUUGUUACCGAAGAAGGGGAAGAGGUUGUUCAGUUGUGA